ACCAUGCGGAGGACGGUGUCGGAGAUCCGCUCCCGAGCGGAGGGUUAUGAGAAGACAGAUGAUGUUUCAGAGAAGACCUCACUGGCUGACCAGGAAGAAAUAAGGACUAUAUUCAUUAACCAGCCUCAGUUAACAAAAUUCUGCAAUAACCAUGUCAGCACUGCAAAAUACAACGUAAUCACAUUCCUCCCAAGAUUUCUCUACUCUCAGUUCAGAAGAGCUGCUAAUUCAUUUUUCCUCUUUAUUGCACUGCUUCAGCAAAUACCUGAUGUGUCUCCAACAGGUCGUUAUACAACACUGGUUCCUCUCUUAUUUAUUUUAGCUGUGGCAGCUAUCAAAGAGAUAAUAGAAGAUAUUAAACGACAUAAAGCUGAUAACGCAGUGAACAAGAAACAGACACAAGUUUUGAGAAAUGGUGCUUGGGAAAUUGUUCACUGGGAAAAGGUGGCAGUAGGGGAGAUAGUGAAAGUGACCAAUGGGGAGCAUCUCCCAGCAGAUCUCAUCAGUCUGUCCUCAAGUGAGCCCCAGGCCAUGUGCUACAUUGAGACAUCCAACUUAGAUGGUGAAACAAACUUGAAAAUUAGACAGGGCUUACCAGCAACCUCAGACAUCAAAGACAUUGACAGUUUAAUGAGGAUUUCUGGCAGAAUUGAGUGUGAAAGUCCAAACAGACACCUCUAUGAUUUUGUUGGAAAUAUAAGGCUUGACGGCCAUGGCACUGUGCCCCUGGGAGCAGAUCAGAUCCUUCUUCGAGGCGCUCAGCUGAGAAACACUCAGUGGGUCCAUGGGAUAGUGGUCUACACUGGACAUGACACCAAGCUAAUGCAGAACUCAACAAGUCCACCACUUAAGCUGUCCAAUGUGGAACGAAUUACAAAUGUACAAAUUUUGAUUUUAUUUUGUAUCUUAAUUGCCAUGUCUCUUAUCUGUUCUGUGGGCUCAGCCAUUUGGAAUCGAAGGCACUCUGGAAAAGACUGGUAUCUCAAUCUAAGCUAUGGUGGAGCUAAUAAUUUUGGAUUGAAUUUCUUGACCUUCAUCAUACUUUUCAAUAAUCUCAUUCCUAUCAGCUUGUUGGUUACAUUAGAAGUGGUGAAAUUUACCCAGGCGUACUUCAUAAAUUGGGAUCUUGACAUGCACUACGAACCCACAGACACUGCUGCAAUGGCUCGGACGUCGAAUCUGAAUGAGGAGCUCGGUCAGGUUAAAUACAUAUUUUCUGACAAAACCGGAACUCUCACGUGCAACGUCAUGCAGUUUAAAAAGUGCACCAUAGCAGGAGUUGCUUAUGGCCAUGUCCCUGAACCUGAGGAUUAUGGGUGCUCUCCUGAUGAAUGGCAGAAUUCACAGUUUGGAGAUGAAAAAACAUUUAAUGACCCAUCAUUGCUGGAAAAUCUCCAGAAUAAUCAUCCAACUGCGCCUAUCAUUUGUGAAUUUCUUACGAUGAUGGCAGUCUGCCACACUGCAGUACCAGAGCGAGAAGGGGAGAAAAUCAUUUAUCAGGCUGCAUCUCCAGAUGAGGGAGCACUGGUCAGAGCAGCCAAGCAGCUGAAUUUUGUUUUCACUGGAAGAACACCGGACUCGGUCAUUAUAGAUUCACUGGGCCAGGAAGAAAGAUAUGAAUUACUCAAUGUCCUGGAGUUCACCAGUGCUAGAAAAAGAAUGUCAGUGAUUGUUCGUACUCCAUCCGGGAAGUUACGACUUUACUGCAAAGGAGCUGAUACUGUGAUAUAUGAACGACUUGCAGAGACUUCAAAAUACAAAGACAUUACCCUAAAACAUUUGGAACAAUUUGCUACAGAAGGUUUGAGGACAUUAUGUUUUGCUGUGGCUGAGAUUUCUGAGAGCGACUUCCAGGAGUGGCGAGCUGUCUACCAGCGAGCAUCCACAUCUGUGCAGAACAGGCUCCUCAAACUCGAGGAGAGCUAUGAGCUCAUUGAAAAGAAUCUUCAGCUACUUGGAGCUACAGCUAUUGAGGAUAAAUUACAAGAUCAAGUGCCUGAAACCAUAGAAACUCUAAUGAAAGCAGACAUCAAAAUCUGGAUCCUGACAGGAGACAAACAAGAAACUGCCAUUAACAUUGGACACUCCUGCAAACUUUUGAAGAAGAACAUGGGAAUGAUUGUUAUAAACGAAGGCUCCCUAGAUGGAACAAGGGAAACUCUCAGUCGGCACUGCACUGUCCUUGGGGAUGCUCUUCGGAAAGAGAAUGAUUUUGCUCUCAUAAUUGAUGGGAAGACCCUCAAGUAUGCUUUAACCUUUGGAGUCCGACAGUAUUUCCUGGACUUAGCUUUGUCAUGCAAAGCUGUCAUUUGCUGCAGGGUUUCUCCGCUACAAAAGUCUGAAGUUGUUGAGAUGGUUAAGAAGCAAGUCAAAGUCAUAACCCUAGCGAUCGGCGACGGAGCAAACGACGUGAGCAUGAUCCAGACAGCCCACGUGGGUGUUGGGAUCAGUGGCAAUGAAGGCCUGCAGGCAGCUAACUCCUCUGACUAUUCCAUAGCUCAGUUUAAGUAUUUGAAGAAUUUAUUGAUGGUUCAUGGAGCCUGGAACUAUAACCGAGUCUCUAAGUGCAUCCUGUACUGCUUCUACAAGAAUAUAGUCCUUUAUAUCAUUGAGAUCUGGUUUGCCUUUGUUAAUGGCUUUUCUGGGCAGAUCCUCUUUGAAAGGUGGUGUAUAGGUCUUUAUAAUGUGAUGUUUACAGCAAUGCCUCCCUUAACUCUUGGGAUAUUUGAGAGAUCGUGCAGAAAAGAGAAUAUGUUGAAAUACCCUGAAUUGUACAAAACAUCUCAGAAUGCUCUGGACUUCAACACCAAGGUUUUCUGGGUUCAUUGUUUAAAUGGCCUCUUCCACUCAGUUAUUCUGUUUUGGUUUCCACUAAAAGCCCUUCAGUAUGGUACUGUAUUUGGAAAUGGGAAAACUUCUGAUUACCUGCUGCUGGGAAACUUUGUUUACACUUUUGUAGUGAUAACAGUGUGCUUGAAAGCUGGAUUGGAGACCUCAUACUGGACAUGGUUUAGCCACAUAGCAAUAUGGGGCAGCAUCGCACUCUGGGUGGUGUUUUUUGGAAUCUACUCGUCUCUCUGGCCUGCUGUUCCAAUGGCCCCUGAUAUGUCAGGAGAGGCAGCCAUGUUGUUCAGUUCCGGAGUCUUUUGGACGGGUUUGUUGUUUAUCCCCGUGGCAUCUCUGCUGCUGGACGUGGUGUACAAAGUUGUCAAGAGGACUGCUUUUAAAACAUUAGUAGAUGAAGUUCAGGAGCUUGAGGCAAAAUCUCAAGACCCAGGAGCAGUUGUGCUUGGGAAAAGCCUCACCGAGAGGGCACAGCUGCUCAAGAACGUCUUUAAGAAGAACCACGUGAACCUGUACCGCUCCGAGUCUUUGCAGCAGAACCUGCUUCAUGGGUAUGCUUUCUCUCAAGAUGAGAAUGGAAUUGUUUCACAGUCUGAAGUGAUUAGAGCGUAUGAUACCACGAAGCAGAGGCCAGAGGAGUGGUGAUGGAAGGGGCAGAGAGGCCCUCCGGUCUUGGGGGAGAGCUACCACAAUCUGAGGUCGUCGCUGCAGUCUGCUGACCAAUUCCAGUCUGGUCCAUGUAGAGGAAAGAUGGAUCUGAGCUCAUCUCACCGAUGGACCUUCAGAUUCAUGUACAUCAGAGACAUAAGCACUGUGCUACCACACUGUAACACCAUCUCUCUCAGAUUUCUUAAAGUAUUUGCUAAGGCUUUGUAAAGAGAAAUUGAAAAUGAUAUUGUAUCUUGCCAGAGUGCUUUCUUAAGCUGGGAAGAGGUCAGUAUUUUUACACCGUUGACGAGGGACUGUAACUGUCAGUUCAUUAGCUGUACCACAAGGUGACCAACCAUUGAAAAAAGCUCUCGAAUGGAGCUCAGGUAAAGGGACUCUUGAUAUCCAGACUAAGAUUUCAGGACAUGCUGAAACCAGCAUUCUUAAGGAACUGACUCACCUUACUGAGCAUUUCUAAACAAGGCAUUAUUAAGUGUUUGUGUCAAAAACUGUCUCGGUAAAUGUUUGCCAAAGAAGUUCAGUAAGUGUUAUUUCUCAUUCAGUAGUCAUUUGCCCAGAAAUUUGAAGCAAAAGUAAACUUCCAGUUCUGCUGUCAGAUCUAUCUGCAUGCUUGACUUUUCAAAUGUAAGAGUGAUUUGCAAAAAUGAAUAUUUCAAGGCAUUUGCUACUAAAAUCUGUGAUGUUGCACCUUCAGCCUUACGAGUGCUUCUUUGUCUUAUUUGUUCCUUAGAAGGCACACGUGUUAAUGUGACUGUCAUUACAAUACUUGUUUUUGAACUUGCAUUUACAUCUCAUUCAUCAUCUCUGAGUUUUAUCAUCCGGUAGUUUUUUUCUAAAAAUCUGGCUUCUGCUGUGUCUAAAUGAUGUCAUUCUGUCUUAAAGUUUCCCGUCUUAAGAAAAUCAGGCUUACGUAUUUAUGUGGCAUUUCCAAAGUUUCUGUCUGGAUGUUUGGAAUAAUAUGUUGGAUAAAUGCAUGGGCUUUUAUAAUGUACCUAGGCUCAGCUUUUGUAAUGUGUUUUGGUUCUCAUUGUUGGUUCCCACUAGAGAUGCCUGCUGACUUAUGUAGCAUACUCAGUGUUACAGUGGCCGUCCCUUUACUCAAGACUGGAAAUUAGUUCACAGGUUAUUCAUUCAUCAAGCAGUUCCUCAAAUUAGUCAUGUGCUACUUAUUUGGACAAAUAAGUAGUAUAUUUCCCCCAUUUUAAAAAAUACCUAUUUUGCUCAAACCUGUUACUUCACGGUCAAAGAAUGUUUUUCAUCAGGAGUAGGGUUUACUAAUAUGUUUUAAAGCACAUGUUCAGUUUAAUAAUUUUUGACAUGUCCAUGACAUCUGAAAAUGCCGGUGUUGCUACCAACAAACAGUAAAUGGUGAAGAGGCUGUUUUAAAACCACAAAUUUUCUAUACUAUUUUUAAAUAGUGCUUUCAUUUAAAAGAAAAAAGGAAUUCUAGUUUUCAGAUAUACUUCAAAGAAUGAAGCAAAAUGUUUGCCUUUUAUUCAAAAGCCUGUUUGCCUUUAAAAGUGGACUUACCAGCAAAAUAGGUAGAACUUUAAAACAAAAGUCAACUAGAAUUGAGACAGGUGAUUUUUCCAAAUUGCCCCAAGUUUAGCCAUUUCACAUUCUUUACCCCCUUUUUCUCAAUCCAGAUUUAAAAUUAAAUAUACAUAUGAUUUCUUUUUAUAUACAGUAUAAAUCCAUAUUUUCUGCAAAUAACAUGUAUAAUACAUGUAAAUAAUUCUAAUCUGAACAGAACAGGGAGCUUAUAUAUUUCAUCUUUCAGACUCUUCCCAUUUGAGGUUCAGAUAAGGAAAAUCAUGAAUCAAAACAUCUGGCGAGACCGCAGAUGUAGAGUUUAAAAUCUUCGAAAUUCUGGAGUCACAGACUUUGUCUACUGAAUGGAUUUUCAGAGUGUGUUUUCCUGGGUCUCCUAGUAGCAAUAGUUGAGAUCAAACCAGAACACUCAGCAAGAAUGAAGUGCAUCCUUCCCGAGAAGAUAUGCUUCCAUUGGUUUGCAUUUUGUCAGUGGCAUCCUUCUCCGAAUUUUUAAUAUCAAAAGCAUAAAAGAGAAUUGAGUUUUUUUACUUAAACAUGAAAAUUAAAAGUUUUGUUUUCAUCUUGAAACAUGGACUGUUUCAAUAGAGCUCUACAACAUGAAAAGAAUAAUCAUGGUUUCUUUUGAAAUCAGUGGACAUCAUCAUGCUCUGAAAUGUGGCUUAUUUCUGCCUAUUUGUCCAGUGAUGCGAUUUUCCAGUCCUGGACAUUAAGCCACUCUCUUUGCUUAUUGGGUACAGGUAGGGCAUAUGGGGCAGGGAAUGACCACUUUGCUAAAACUUGAAAAUGCAGCACUGCAACUGCAGUAACUUUGCAGUUGUACUUCCAUUAGUGAAAAUGCUCUGAGUUUUAAUCUCCUGAAUUGGGGCAGGGAGGGGGAACAUAGUUUUGCCAGGAUUAAAACUAAUCUAAGUGACUUCUAACAUUUAUUUUCUAAAAUAAAGAACACAUACUGUUCAUUUAAAAUGUUCCUGGUAAGGACUGUGGCACAUGCUGACGCAGUUGCUGUAUAAUGUUUACAAUUCAGAAAAUACUACUUAUAAUACAAAACCUUCCUUUAGCACUGAAACGCUAGGAGUUGCUUCUUUAAUGUUGAAUACUGCACAGAGGUACUGAACAUGGACUUUCUAAAUGUUUUAUAUAUUCAUAUGAGAAUAUAUCAGUGUCUCAACCCCAGAAAAAUGCUAUAUUAUAGAGUUUAUUAGCGGGAAAGCAGUGUUUCUCAGGAAUGUAGUAAAUUUAAAAUGCUAUGUGUGCUCCGCACCACCACCACACUUUGUGCUGUCCUGUUGCAUUGUGCAGGAAGUGCCAGAAGUGUCAUGAACUCACUGGAAAAACUUCUCUCAAAUCAGGUGCAUGUGUAUUCUGCUAAAUAAAGUUAACUACUUACAUGAGUUGUACGGUCGUGCAGCGGAGUCAAGGGUUCCUCUUAAUUUUCUAGGUUGGGGAGGGGCAAAUUAUAGAAAUCAAUGAUCAUUGAUCCUCAUAAAUUUUUAUAUUUUAAUUUUUAAAUUUAGCGUUCUGAAUAUCAGCUAUAAGAGUCACAUGCUAAAUUCUUUAGCAUUGUGUGCACUGUAAAGCAUGUAUAACCUGUCACGUAAAAUGUUCUUUCAGAAAAGUUGCUAGUCAGAAAGUACUAGAUUAUAUAUUCAUAAUUUUAAAGUAUUUGUGUCAGUAUUACAAAGCCACAUAAUCGUUAGGGUUUGUCUUCAUGCAGUUGCCCUUUGAUGCUUCCUGGCUUUAAAACUUAUUUCAUUGACUAAAUCUUUAAUCAAAUUUAUCAAGAAAAGCCCCAGCUGUUUACAUCACAAUGACUAGGUCUGUGGAAUUCUUUUUGUAAUGGCUUAUGGUAACACCAUGCAGUCCGGUGCCUAAUAAAUGCUUUUAAUGAUGCACAUUUCUAUAAUGCCUCUUAAAGUACCACUGUCUGAUUGUUCUCACGUUAAAAUAACUGAAGUCACUUGUGAAACUUGUUUAUUCUUUGCUGCAUUUUAAUUAACCUUCAACCGCUAUUAAAGUGGAAUGUACGUUAAAUUCUUAAGGAAAUGAAAUGAAUGUUUUCCAUUUUUCAUCUUGAUUUAUUUUCUGUAUGAGAGCAGCUGUGUUUUUGAUAGGUUUAUGGUUUGCAUGAAUUAAUAUUUAAAGUGAUCCAGGCCAAUGCAUGACUAUUGCUGUAAAUCUUGAUGUUUAUUUCUGCCUUAUAAAAUUCUAUCGUGGCCUACCUGGAAUUUAAUAUUCAGUGGAUAAAUUAACUGGUCCUCUACACAACUUUUUUUUUAAUAAGUAGAUUACUUUACAAACAAAUUUGAACAAAUUUAAUUGAAUCUUUUGUUUAGCUUGCCUCUAAGAACUUUUCCUAAUAAAGCUCACAAAACUUCUCAGCAAAUAAAUCUCCCUUAAGUAGGAAAAAAAAAAAAUCUAGAUUUAAUAUUUGCUCACUUUGAAUUAA